GUGCAGGAGCAGGUCACACCAGCUAGAGACAGUGUUAGGUAAACAGUGUGUGUCACUCUCCUACAGCAACACUGUUGUACCCUCAAAUCACAUACGAUGAUCACCUGUACAUCAGUCCAGGCUUAUCUCAAAUCAUGAAUGGUUGUUGUAUAAAACUUUGGAUAAUUCUCAGUAAUUUGGACAGUGAAAGGAACUUUGAUUGCGCAGAUCUGAGGUAUAGAUAGACAGAAGUCCAGCGCGCCAGAGAGAUGCUACGCUUGUCAGUGACAUAAUACACGAUGCUGUGACAUAGUACUCAAUUUUGUGUUGUUUAAGUGCCUUUUGCUGUCAUUUCUGCGAAAAAAAUGCUGUGUUACGAAACUUUUUCAUCUACUACAGGAUUCUUACCAUUUUGAUGAAAAAAAAAAAAAAUUUGCGAAAUUCGAAAUUCUUAAUCAUUAUCGCUUGUGCUUAUAGAUGCGACUACAUGCGUAGACACAUGGGAACUCAGUAAGGAGUCGCGAGCUUUGAUUUGUGUAUACUUUUUAUCCCUUUGGAUAAUUUUCUAUUUCUGAUCUUGUGUUUUGAAAUUCAAAAGGAAUAUUGUGAUCAAUUAAAACUGUUUGAAUGCAUAACCUGGAUUGCAAGAUGUCUGAUAACAGCGAAAGUGGAAGUGAAUCUAGUGUGAAAUUUGGUAAACAGAAUGGUAAUGAUGAUGAUAUAUGUCGGGAUUACUUACGGAAUGUUUGUAAGCGUGGUAAGCGUUGUAAGUACCGCCACCCACACUCUGAGGAUCAAUCCUCACGUGAACGGAAGUACGACUACACAUUUUGUCAUGACUAUCAAAACACUGGCUGCCACCGCCCAAACUGUAAAUUCCUACAUUGUUCCCGUGAAGAGGAGGAACAUUAUAAACAGACUGGCCAACUACCUGUACGGCUUCAACAAGCUGCUGCUCUUGGUGUCGGGGUUACCCCUAGCAACGACAUGCCCCUCCUAAAGGGUGAAAUCCCUAUUUGUAAAGACUACCUUAAAAUGAACUGUAAACGUGGCAUAAAGUGUAAAUUCAGGCAUCUGACAGCCACUGAAUACGAAUUUGAGUUACGUAAGUCCGACCAGAGGAACAACAAUUCACAGAAUUAUGAUCCUUAUGAGGAAGACUUUGAGCGGUUUGAGAGUUUUGAGUAUUGUCAUGGUAGUAGUGGUGUAAAGCGGAGAAGGACAGAUAGGGACGUAGAUGGAUUCAGCAGUAACUUUGUAGAAAAUCGUUAUUCUCCUUCCCGUCCCCUCAGCUACCAGCUUCUAGAAGACGAGAAUUCAGUAUUACGUAGAAAAGUGGAUGAACUUAAAAAACAGGUAGCUGAUUUGACAGCUACUAACGAAGUGCUUCUUGAGCAGAACGCUCGAUAUCGUGUUAGUCGGACAUCUUUAGGGACCAGCCAUGUUGCUGCUCCACAAUCUCUGAACCACCUAGCAAACAGUCUUGCACAACAGAUUGCUCUCAACUCCGAACUGGCUUCCCAGCAUGCAUUGCAGCAGCGUCUGGCGCGGGAGCUAGCGCCGGUGUCGGCAGCAGCUCAGGGGAGUUUAAACCAACCAACAGUGACAAUGAACCCCGGGUCUAUAGUUCCGGUAUCUCUUCCGCAGAACAAUCUGACGGGUGUAACCCUGGCCCCCGUGUCCAUCCAGCAGACGCUGCCCCCGCCUGUCAGUAUGACUCAGGCCCUGCCACCGCCCGUCAGUCUCACACAGAGUCUACCCCAAAACAUGCAGGCUGCCACUACCACCCUUGUGUCCUACCCUAUUGUCUCACAGAAUCUCCGCACUGUCAGUAGUUUGGCCCACUGACAACACAGCGCCACCUAGCUAAGGUUUACAACUACCGAGUGUCAGGUUCGGGUCUUGCUGAUGGGUGUCCGAUGGAUAACCAACCCCAUGGGCUGAACAACAGCUGCCAGGGGAAGCCACUGGGUAGGACAUAGCUAAACUGUCCAAGAAUGCUACCAAAAUAAUGGCAAAACUCUCUCUGCAGUCAUCAAGUCCAUUUAAGGAGAGUUGAAAGAUAUAUCUUGUGUCUUACAGUGGCAAACCAAGCUUCUAGAGGAUACAGAUGAGGAAGAGAUUCUGAUGAUUGAGAGGAUAUAAACAAGCCCAGGAAGAGAUUCAAUCAGUGAUACAUCAAUGUCUCUAUGUGCUUUGUGGAAAGUUGAAAUCAAAAACUACUCUGAAUUAAAACAUUGUUGUUACCCAGAGAGAAGAACCAUGUGUGGUUAGCAACAAGUGAAUGAAGAAAUUCUGUUGUAGUAACUGUAUGUGGUGACAUGUAUAGAGGUGUGGUAUUGUGGCACAACAGAACUCAGGUCCAUAUUUGGUGAGGUGUAUUGUCCAAUCAAAUGGAAGAGAAAAAAUCUAUAACACUAACUGAUGUUGACUAAUCUAGGAAGGUCAAGUAUAACUUGUAACAUUAGUACAGGAAUUAGACAAGAUCUGAGUAUGUCAAACACCUGAUUUCUCAAGAAGUCAAGAGUAUUUUAUGGUCUAAGGGAGGUAACAACUGCCAGAGGGGUGAGCUGCCAAUCCAUACUUGUCAGUUCAGCAGCAAUUUAUAGCAACUUACAGCAAACUUACCUAAUGGUCAGUUUCUGGCCUUGUAGACAGUCAGUGUCUGAUCCAGUAGGCAGUUGUCAGUAUUUACCACUGUAAACAGUUGUCAGAGUCUACCACUGUUAACAGUUGUCAGGGUCUACCACUGAAAACAGUUGUCAGGGUCUACCACUGAAAACAGUUGUCAGAGUCUACCACUGUAAACAGUUGUCAGAGUCUACCACUGAAAACAGUUGUCAGGGUCUACCACUGUAAACAGUUGUCAGAGUCUACCACUGUAAACAGUUGUCAGUAUUUAUCACAGUAAACAGUUGUCAGAGUCUAACACUGUAAACAGUUGUCAGUAUUUAUCACUGUAAACAGUUGUCAGUAUUUACCACUGUAAUGUCCAUUUCAGGUCCUGUAAACAGUUAUAAUUAUGUAAAUGGAGGAAAUUUCUGUACAGAAGUCAGUCUCUCCCACAGGAUUCAGACCUUUCUGUACAGUUGUCAGUCUCUCUCACAGGGUUCAGACCUUUCUGUACAGUAGUCAAUCUCUCUCACAAAAUUCAGACCUUUCUGUACAGUAGUCAGCCUCUCUCACAGGAUUCAGACCUUUCUGUACAGUAGUCAAUCUCUCACAGAAUUCAGACCUUUCUGUACAGUAGUCAGUGACGAAAAACAUCAAACCCUUGAGUGAUACAUCAGAUUGUCCUGUGGAUGCUAAGGUACAUUGUGUGAUGUCAUUUGAUUUUAUAUUCACAAAGCAGGUCCUCACAUGAUGACAUAUAUUUGGUCUUUCAAUUUGCAGUUGAUGACCAGUCAUCUUGCUUUCUCAGUUAAAUAUUUGCCUGACCUAAUUACAUCGUGGCAGGUGAUUGGUUGUGCAGUGAUUGUUGUCUGUUUUCCUGGUGAAUGCUACUGCCCAGGAUGACAGAAAAAUGGUGAGCUGUUCGCUGGGUGGCCUCAAUUAAACAAAAACAUAUCGACUUUGUUUUCUGUUUAAAAAAUUUCAAAUUAUUUUUUAUUUUAAAAUUCCCAAUUCUCCGUUCAAUUAUUUUAAUGAAUGCAUAUCCUUGUUAAUAUACAUAUUAUUGUACAGAGAUGUUACUGUUCCUUAAUAUUUAUCAUGGGUGCAUGUUUGGCCAAAAUGUUUCAUUUAAUACCCCAAUACUUAGAUAAAUUUAACUGCUAUGUGGCUUGAUUUCUCUCUUAUAGUGCUAUAACCAGUAUGUUAAACUUUUGGAACAUCAAAUCUGAUUUAGUACAAUUCUUUAGUGAGAAAAAUCAAAUAAAUUCACAACAAUAUUUAGGAUAUAUGUAGGUUAUCAAUUACUGAUAUAUAAAUGAGCCUAGUGACUAAUUUAGACAACAUUAAUGUAACUGAGAGGCUAGUAUACUGUAUACUUUGACAUUUAAUUCCCAAUUUUAAAUGAUAUAAUACGAUGUGUCUGUUGAAUAAUGAAGAAGAUUGUUUUGUGAUUAAUGGAAGGUGUGACCUUGUAUAUUAUAGGUAUUGAUUAUGAAGGAUUAUAGAGAGAAAAACGGGGUGGAGUUUAAUGUGCUGGUUAGGUCAGAAACAGCAGAAUGAAAGGUUAAUUUAGUUAAGGAUAUUGAUGAAAAGGAGGAUUUUGUAUAAAGCUGUCAACAGGGAUUUGAAAAAUACUUCUUAUAUAAUGAGACAAAAAGAACAAGGAGUGGUUCAUUAUGUUAAGUAAGUUGAAAGAAGAUUUGGACUAGCUUGUAUAUGGCUUAUACUAAAUGAUGUAUUGAAUGAAAUGAAAUAGGGAAGGGUGUCUUAUUUUGGCCGACAAAUAAUGAAUUGAAGGACGAUGGGUCUUGAAAUUAAAGAACAGGAUAUGAAAUAUAGAGAGGAACAGAAAUUAUAUAGCAGAAUAACAUUGAUAUUUAAAAAUAGUCUUUGUACAGUGUACAUAGCUUCCAAAAGUGAUCACAGGAGAGAGUGGGAGGGGUCUAAUACAAAUAUAGGUGAUUAAGAUAAUGCAAGUAGGCGAUAGUAAUUAUCUUAGCUAUUCAUAACUAAACAUUUCAAAACAUUACACUACUGUGAAAGGGUCCUUAUAUGGUAAUUGUACAUUAUUGUGGGAGGGUCCUUAUAUGGUGAUUGUACAUUAUUGUGGGAGGGUCCUUGUAUGGUAAGUGUACAUUAUUAUAGGAGGGUCCUUAUAUGGUAUUGUACAUUAUUGUGGGAGGGUCCUUAUAUGGUAUUGUACAUUAUUGUGGGAGGGUCCUUAUAUGGUGAUUGUACAUUAUUGUGGGAGGGUCCUUGUAUGGUAAGUGUACAUUAUUGUAGGAGGGUCCUUAUAUGGUAAUUGUACAUUAUUGUGGGAGGGUCCUUACAUGGUGAUUGUACAUUAUUGUGGGAGGGUCCUUGUAUGGUUAGUGUACAUUAUUGUAUGAGGGUCCUUGUAUGGUAAUUAUACAUUAUUUUGGGAGAAAUCCUUGUAUGGUAAUUGUACAUUAUUGUGGGAGUGUCCUUAUAUGGUGAUUGUACAUUAUUGCAGGAGGGUCCUUGUAUGGUAAUUGUACAUUAUUGUAGGAGGGUCCUUUUGUAGUAAUUGUACAUUAUUGUGGGAGGGUCCUUGUAUGGUAAUUGUAAAUUAUUAUGGGAGGGUCUUUAUAUGGUAAUUAUACAUUAUAGGUUCCUGUAAUAGUAAUUCCUUAUUACUGUGGGAGGAUCCUUGUAUUUGUAUGGUAAUUCCUUAUUACUGUGGGAGGGUCCUUGUAUGGUAAUUGUACAUUAUUGUGGGAGGGUCCUUAUAUGGUAAUUGUAAAUUAUUAUGGGAGGGUCCUUAUAUGGUUAUUGUACAUUAUUGUGGGAGGGUCCUUGUAUGGUAAUUGUAAAUUAUUAUGGGAGGGUCCUUAUAUGGUAAUUAUACAUUAUAGGUUCCUUUAAUAGUAAUUCCUUAUUACUGUGGGAGGAUCCUUGUAUUUGUAUGGUAAUUCCUUAUUACUGUGGGAGGGUCCUUGUAUGGUAAUUGUACAUUAUUGUGGGAGGGUCCUUAUAUGGUAAUUGUAAAUUAUUAUGGGAGGGUCCUUAUAUGGUUAUUGUACAUUAUUGUGGGAGGGUCCUUAUAUGGUAAUUGUACAUUAUUGUUGGAGGGUCCUUAUAUGGUAAUUGUACAUUAUUGUGGGAGGGUCCUUAUAUGGUUAUUGCACAUUAUUGUGGGAGGGUCCUUAUAUGGUAAGUGUACAUUAUUGUGGGAGGGUCCUUAUAUGGUAAUUAUGGAUAUCAGUAAAGAUUUACAUUUUAAUUUUGAUAGUUGUGACUUAGAAAAUAGAUUAUUUGUCAGAAAGAACCAAAACUAGUGUUUAGUCUGUUGAAGAAUUGUUAAGUAAACUACCAGUUGUUCUUAUUUAAAUGUCUUCUUUGACAGGAUUAAUUACUUGGGUGCCAUAUUUUAUGAAUUUAUACAAGAAACAUGUAUAAUUAACAUGAUUUGAUAACAUCAAAACUGAGUGUGUAUGGGUGAGGUGUGUUGAUAAAUGAGAAUUUCUGAAUAUUUCGUGUGUACACAUGACUUGAUGACUUUUGCAGUAUAUGUGUAAAUUUAUCUGUUUGGGUUACAGAACUUUUCAUUAUGCAAGCAUGAUAACAAGUUUUCAGGCUUGAUACCUACUGAGAAACAGUUGUGUAAUGUUAUCAUUUGAAUGGUUUUAUUUUAGAAUGAGAGAAUAAAAUAUGACAAUUUUGA